AUGAAGGAGGAGACCCUGGAGCAAUUGAUCUGGAGCAUUCUUGAGCCGGCCCCUCCUGGUCUGGGCCACGCCCUGCGGCAGGUGGGAGAACAAUGCCGGCUGUGUGCUGUCACCCCUGCCCUGCUGGCCCAAGAGGAGGGCCAUGGCGCGGCCCCAGCUCCAGCCUCGGCCUCUCCAGAUGUCCCUCCCUCCCCGCCCAGCCCCUCCUAUCUGCCAUCUCCGACCAUCCAGCCAGGUCUCCUCCCAGGGCCUGCACAUCACCAAGGGCUACAGCUACACGAAGCAAGAGGCCAGGGGCAGAGCCCUGGACCGCUCUCCCAGUCCAGUUCCACCAUGGACUCUGCGUAGGAGAUGGGCCACAUUUGCAAGCUGCAGGCACAGCACAUGCAGAUGCAGAAGACUUUCACCAAGUGGAUCAACGAUAUCUUCCAGCACGGCCAGGUGGGCAUCAAGAUCCAGAGCCUAUACACAGAGCUGGCUGAUGGCACCCACCUGCUGCGGCUGCUGGAGCUCAUGUCGGGGGAGGUCCUGCCACCCCCCAGCCGUGGCCACAUGCACAUACACUUCCUAGAGAACAGCAGCCGAGCUCUGGCCUUCCUCAGGGCCAAAGUGCCAGUACCCCUCAUUGAGCCAGAGAACAUCGUGGAUGGAGACCAGAUGCUCAUCCUGGGACUCAUCUGGGUCAUCAUUCUGUGUUUCCAGAUUUCCCACAUCUCCCUGGACAGGGGCAGGACAGGGACCAGGAAUGGAAGUCAGGGAAAGAAGUGGUGCCAGCGGAAGACGGCCGGUUACACCAACGCCAAUGCCAACAUCACUGACUUCUCCGGCAGCUGGAGUGAUGGGCUCGGCUUCAGUGCCCUCAUCCACGCCCAGAAGCCAGACCUGCUUCACUACGGCUCCCUGCGUCCCGACCGCCCACUGCACCACCUCCACUGUGCUUUCCAUGUGGCUGAGCAGGAGCUGGGCAUCGCUCAGCUGCUGGACCCCGAGGACGUGGUGGCCCUACAGCCCGAUGAGCGCUCCAUCAUGACUCACAUCUCCUUCUACUACCACCACUUCUCCCACCUGCACCAGGGGCAGACUGUCAAGAGGAGACUCGCGAAGAUCCUGCUUCAGCUCCAGGAGACAGAGGCACUGCAGACCCAGCGUGAGCAGCUGGUGGCCGACCUCCUGUGGUGGAUUGCAGAGAAGCCGGUGCAGCUGGAGGCCCAGGAUUUCCCAGACACCCAGCCAGGCAUGCGCCAGCUGCUGGUGGCCUUUGCCUCCUUCCGCACCCAGGAGAGGCCACCGAGGCAGCAGCAGCGACAGGCCACGGAGGCCCUGCUCUUCCGGCUGCAGACGGCACUCCGAGCCCAGAAUCGCAGGCACUUCCUGCCACACGAGGGCCCGGGCCCUGCAGAGCUGUCCCAGAGCUGGGCAGACCUGGAGCAGGCAGAGGCCUCGUGGAGCCAGGCUCUACAGCAGAGGUUCCUGCAACUAGAGAGGUUGGAAACCCUGGUCCGGCGCUUCCAGCGUAAGGCAGCCCUCCAGGAGAGCUUUCUGACAGACACAGAGCAGGUGCUGGACCUGGCCGCAGCCCUGCCGGCCAGCCCGGCCACAGUGGAAGCAGCCACCCAGAGGCUGCGCAUGCUGGAGGCCGGCAUCCUGGCCCAGGAGGGGCGCUUCCAGACCCUGGCCGAGAUUGCGGACAUCCUCCAGCGGGCACACUACCACAGCUGGGCAGAGGUGGCCUGCAGGCAGUUGGAGAUCACUCAGUGCUGGGAGCAGCUCCUUCCGUGGCUGCAAGGGCAGAGGAAGCAGAUGGCAGGCAUGCAGGCUGUGCUGAGCCUGCUCUGCAGGAAGUAGACUGCCUCCAAGCAGCUCAACCAGAUGCAGGUGCUGGGCAGCUCCACGGCCUGUGGGCAGCAGCUGGCAGAGGUAGCGGAGCUGCUUCAGGGGCAUGACCUGCUGGAGGCCCAGAUCUUGGCCCAUGGCGCCCACGUGAGCCAUCCUGCCCACCAGACAAGAGAGCUGGAUUCUUCCCUGGGCACUAGUGUGGAAGUGCUGCAGGCCAAGGCCAGGGUGCUGGCCCAGCUCCACAAGAGCCUGGUGUCUCUUGCCAGGUCCCGGUGGGCCUUGCUGGAGCAGACCCUGCAGCAUGCAGAGCUCCUGCACAACUGUGAGGAGGAGGAAGCCUGGUUGAGGGAGCGGGGACAGCUGGUGGAGGAUGCAGCCCUGGGCCCGGAUCUCAGCCAGAUCGCUAUGGCCCUGCAGCAACACAAGGCCCUAGAAAACUAGCUCCGCCGCCACCAGGCCAUGUGCACUGAUCUGGUGCGGAGGGGACGCGACCUGGGCGCACGCGGGCCCCGAUCACCGGAUCCCCAGGAACGGGCCGCGGCGGUGCAGGGCGCGUGGCAGAGGCUCUGGGCCCGGGCGGCGGGGCGGGGCGCGCGGCUGCAGGCAGCCCUGCUCGUCCAGCAGUACUUCGCCGACGUGGCGGAAGCAGCCUUGUGGCUCCGAGAGCGGCGGUCAGCGCCGGAGAGAACGUCCUUUGGGCAGGACCAGGCGACCGCUGAGGCCCUGCUGUGGCUCCACCUGCGGCUGGAGCGCGCAGUGCUCGCCUUUGGGGCCGAGCUGCAGCGAUUGGAGAAGCCCGCGCCGGCGGCUGCAGCCCGGGCGUCAUCGCUCCUGGUGGUGUCUGCCCUGAGCUCUCUGAAAGAAGGCCCAAGAAACCCAGGGGCCCCGCGUGAAGUUUCCUGCUACUCUGGCCCCCAGGGCACCCAGAAGAUGGCCCUCCCAGAUGAGCCUGACCCUGACUUUGACCCCAACGCCAUCCUCCAGGCACAGGACCUCUUGAGCCAAGACCAUGAGGGCCUGCGGACCCUGGCAGAGCACCACAGGGCCCGGCUGGAGGAGGUGGUGGCCCUGUUUGGCUUCUAUGGCUCCUGUGGGGAGCUGCAGUCCUGGCUGGCAAACCAGACAGUGCUGUUCUGAACGCUGCAGCCCCAGGACAACUUGGAGGUCAUGCAGCUCAAGUAUGAGAAAUUCCUCACUGCCCUGGCUGUGGGAAGAGGCCUCUGGGCUGAGGUUAGCAGCUCCGCUGAGCAGCUGAAGCAGAGAUGUCCUGGAGAUUUCCCCCAAAUCCAGCAACAGCAGGAGGAACUGAGCUGGAGGUGGGAGCAGCUGGAGGCCCGGAAGAAAGAGAAGGAAACACAGCUGGCAUGCACCACACAUGUGUGCAGUUUUCUGCAGGAGUGUGGAACCACAUGGGUCCAGCUUCAAGACAUGAUACUCCAGCUAGAAACCCUGGAGCCGGGUCACUUAGAGGACAGCCACCACGUCCUGCAAGUGAGCCAGCAGAAGAUGCUGGCGCGGGAGAGAGGCAAUAGCGAGUACGGCCUGGGUUCGGCACCGUGAAGGCCUGAGCAGGCUGGGCCCACAGAGAGCCAGUCCCUGCAGGGACAGGUGGAGACGCUGCAGAGGCUGCUGGAGGGAGUGCAGGAGCAAGUGACCCGACGGGCCCAGGCCCAGGCUGAGGCGCAGGCCCGCCAGGACUUCCUGCAGAGGAGCCGGUGGCUGCUGUGGGCAGGCAGUGUCCAGACUCAGCUGCACAGCGAGGAAGAGGAGGUGGUGGAUGUGGCCUCAGCCUAGCAGCUUCUGGAGGAGCACCAAGACCUGCUGGAGGAGAUUCACCUGCAGCAGGAGAGGCUGCAGCAGCUGGAGGCUCAAGGCCAGCCCAUGGCAGCCUUAGACUCCCUGGACUCCCGAGGGGCGGCCAGUACCCUGAGGCUCCUGGGCCAGCAAGGCAGGGAGUUGAAGGCCACCUGGGAGCAAAGACAGCAGCGGCUGCAGGAGGGGUUGAAGUUGCAGAGGUUUGGUCGAGAAGUGGAUGUUUUCACUGCCACCUGUGCCAAACGUGAGACCUUCCUACAGCCGGACAGCCUCACGGAGGACGUGGGGGAGGCCCAGAGCCUGCUGCAGCAGCACCAGGAGUUUGAGCGGCUCCUGGAUUCCCUGGGCCCUUGAGCAGAGGAUCUGCGGGCACGUGGCAAGAAGCUGGCUCAGAACCAACCCAAGUGAGUCUGGGCCUGACUGGGCAGCACCUGUAGAGUCCAGCUGCUGCGCAUCCAGGCACAGUGGACCAGGCUCCAGGAGAGCGCCGCCUGGGUUCAGCAGCUGCUGGCUUCCCUCCAGCUGCAGGAAUGGAAGUAGGACGUGGCAGAGGUGAUGCUGUGGAUGGAGGAGAAGUGAUGGAUGCUGGCGGACGAGCCAUCCCAAGAGCCUGGCAACAUCCUGCAGAAACUCAGGUGGCACAAAAAAGCUGAGCAUGAGCUGGUUGCCACCCAGGGGCACGUGGAGGGCCUGCAGCAGGUUGGGAGAGAGCUGUUGAGCAGCAGGCCCCGUGCCCAGGAGGACAUGCAGGCCGGACUUCAGGGCCUGAACAGCAAGUGGGAAGAGUUGAACUGCCAAAUAGCAGAGCAUGGGAGACAGCUCCGGCGGGCUCGGCAGCAGGACCAGCUCCUGGGGCUGCUGCAGGAAGCCAAGGAGAAGAUGGAGCAGCUAGAGGGGGCCCUGCAGAGUGCAGAAACGGGGCAGGACCUGGGCUCAAGCCGGGGGCUGCAGAGACAGCACCGUCAGCUGGAGGCUGAGAGCCAGGCACUGGCCGGCAAGAUGGCUGCCCUCGUUCCCCAGGCCCACCAGGUGGUCAAUACCCAGACCAUCGUGGAGGAGACCCAACAGUACCUCCAGAGGUUCAAGUCCCUUCAGGGAUGUCUGGCCACCCGGCAACUGCAGCUGCAGGCCUCCGUUGAGCUGUACCAGUUCCACCACCUGUGCGACAUGGAGCUCACUUGGGUGGCAGAGCAUAUGCCUGCACCCAGCGCGGGCUCUAAAUACUUGGAUGGUGCCCACAGUCUUCUCCACAAGCACGAGGAGCUCCGCGCAGAGGUGAAAGCCCACCAGGGACAGGUGCGACAGGUGCUGGGUUCCGGCCGCAGCCUUGCAGCCUCAGGGCGCCCCCAGGCCCAGCACAUCGUGGAACAGUGCCAGGAGCUGGAAGGCCGCUGGGCAGAGCUGGAGCAGGCCUAUGAGGAGUGGUAGGAUGCAGAGGGCAUGGGGUCAGGGGAAGUAGCCAGUCGGGCAGACUCUGUGAGUGAGUAUUUCCUGGACGUAUCAGAGCUGGAGGACUGGGUGGGGGAGAAGUGGCCUCUGGUGAGUAGUCAGGACUGUGGUGGGGACGAGACAGCCACGGUCAAGCUCAUCAAGAAGUACCAGCCCCUGCAACAGGAACUGGCUUAUUGGAGCUCCAUGGAGGAGCUUGACCAGAGAGCCCAAACCCUCACUGGCCCCGAGGCUCCUAUGCAGCUGGGCAUGAUGCAGGAGAGGCUCCGGGAGGCUCUGCAAGCACUGCAGGAGUUGGCAGCCACACGGUGCCGGGAGCUGGAGGGGACCCUGAAGAUGCACGAGUUCAUGAGAGAGGCCAAGGACCUGCAGGGCUGGCUGGCCAGCCAGAAGCAGGCAGUCAGAGGAGGAGAGAGCCUUGGGGAGGACACGAGGCGCUUCUGCACCAAGUUUGCAAAGUUUCAGCACCAAGUAGAGAUGGGGGGCAAAUGGGUGGCAACCCGCCAGCAGCUGGCAGAGAGCCCGCUAGAAUGUGGGCACAGCGCUGCCCCUCAAGCCCCUCAGAUGCAGCAGGAUCUGCAGGCUGCCUGGUUGGAGCUAUGGGCGCCGACCCAGGCCCGCGGCCGCCUGCUCCGAGAUGCUGCGAUUACCCUCAAAGUUCACAGAGGUCUGUUGGAAGCCCUCGCCCAGGUCCAGGAGAAAGCCACAAGGCUCCCCUGUGGUGUGGCCCGGGACCUGUGUGGCCUGGGGGCCCAGCUGAGGAGACACGAGGGGCUGGAGCGUGAACUCGUGGGCACUGAGCGGCAGCUGCAGGAGCUGCUGGAGACUGGAGGAACAGUGCAGAAGCUGGGGCCCGGGCCUCGGGCCCAAGCAGUGCAGCAGACGCAGCGGGCCCUGGUGCAGGCUUGGGAGGCCCUGAAGCUGCACGUGGAGCAGCGCCGGGCCCAUCUGGAGCAGGCAUGGCUCCUGGACUGCUUCCAUGCAGCGGUGCGGGACCACACCUCCUGGGCACGUGCAUGACAGGAGCUGCAGGUGGAGAUCUCCCAGGAGCCCGGCAGUGGCCUGCUGAAGCUCGGCUCCCACCAAUGGCUUCGGGCAGUGCCGGAGGCCCAUGGGGAGCUGCACCAACAGGCUGCCCAGGUGGGCCAGCAGGCACUUUUGGCUGCAGGGACGUCCCUCAAGGAGGUCCAGGAAGCGCUGCAAGUCCUACGGGACAAGCGGGAGCAGGUGUCCCAGGCCUGGGAGCAGAAACAGGAGAGGCUGCAGGCCAUGCACUGGGAGCAGCUCUUCCUCAGAAAGUGUGGCCGCCUGCACGAGACCCUCACGGCCCAGGAGGUCUUUCGGAGAACCAGUGCCCUGGGGAGCUCCGUGGAACAGGUGGAGCAGUUGAUUCGCAAGCAUGAGACAUUCCAGAAGGUGCUGACUGCCCAGGACGAGAAGGUAACGAGUUUGGGGGAUCCUGGGCGUGAUGCUCGGGGCCCCAGGGCGCAGGACCUGCUCCACACCGUGCUAGAGAGCCGGGCUCGGGUGAAGGAGCUGGCGGAGAGCCGGGGACACACCCUGCACGCCUCCCUGCUGAUGACUGCCUUCAUCAGGGCCGCCAUCCAGGCUGAGGACUGGAUCCAGGAGUGACUCCAGCAGCUGAAAGAACCAGUCCCUCCUGGGGACCUGAAAGAUAAGUUGAGACACGUGCAGAAACACCAGGCCUUCGAGGCUGAGGUCCAGGCCCAUGAGGAGAUCAUAACCUCUGUGGCCAAGGAUGGCGAGGCUCUCCUAGCACAGAGCCACCCUCUGGUGGGAGAGGUCUCCCAGAGGCUGCAGGUGGCUCUCCGGGGCCAGGACCUGGAGGACAAGCGGAACUUCCUGGAGUUCCUGCAGAGAGUGGACGUUACAGAGGCCUGGAUCCAGGACACGGAGGUGAUGGUGAACAUCGGCGACCUGGGCCGGGACCUUGAGCACUGCCUGCAGCUCCACAGGCGGCUCCGCGAGCUCCGAGGAGUCUGGGCCGGGGACACGGUGGGUGGUGCCCACAUCAGGAGCAUCAGUGACUUGUCCCUGCAGUUCAAGAACCAGGACCCUGAGCAACUCAAGACCACCUGCCAGCAGUGACAGCAGCUCAACAACAGACCACCUUACACCCUCUCCAUCAGGUGGAACAGUUUCCAUGGCAACCUGCUCUGCUACCAGCGGUAGCUUGAAGGGGCCCCGGAGAUACACACGUUGUCCCAAAAGCUGGAUGACCUCGCUCAGCAGAUCGGGGAGGAGGCCACCCUGGUCCAGGCCCUGGACUGUGGGAAAGAUCUGGAGAGCAUGCAGAGGCUGAGGCGGAAACACGAGGAGUUGGAGCCCUCGGAAAUAGGCCUCAUCCAGGCCCAGGUGGAGCCUGUAGAGCAUGAGGUAGGCUGCUUCUGCCAGAGAAGCCCUGAGGCUGCCCACACCCGCCGCAAGCAGCAGGGGAUGAGCUGGUGGCAGCUCCGGAGUGGGGCCCAGAAGCGGAGGAAGUCGCUGGAUGCCUUGCACCAAGCUCAGGAGCGGCAGGCAACGCUGCAGGAAUUGCUGAUCUGGGCCCAGAGGCUGCGAGCUGAGAUGGACGCCCAGAGCACCUCCAGCAGCCUUGCGGAUGUCCAGAGCAUGUUGGAGGAACACCAGGAGCGCAAGGCCGAGCUGGAUGCCCGACCAGACAGCAUCAGCCCGGUCCGAAGCACUGGGCAACGACUGCUUGCCACCAGGCACCCAACCACCCCCGACAUCUUCCAGGCCCCGGCUGGUUUAGACCAGGAGCUGAACAGCCUGGAAGGGGCCUCACAGGAGCACCAGCUCCAACUGCAUCAGGCCUUGGAGCUACAGCUGGUUCUGAGCUCUGUGGAGCAGGUGGAAAGUUGGCUCUGCAGCCUGGAAGCCUGCCCAGCCAGUGAGGGUCUGGGGGAUUCCUUGCUUGAUGUGGAAACACUGCUGUGGAAGCAGAAGAUGCAUGAGCGAGACCUGGAGGUACAGGUGGAGAAGAUCAGCGCGCUGGAAGCCUCCACCCACAGACUGCACCAGGGUGGACAGCCCGAGGCCCAGGGUGCCCUGGGCCGGUGCCAGGCCAUGCUCCUGAGGAAAAAGGCACUCCUGGAGCAAGCCAGGACCCGUCACCGCCAGCUGGAGGAGCUUGGGCAGCUGCAGCCUUUCCUGCAGGUUUCCUACGAGGUUGUGGCCGCAUGGCUGAGGGAGAAGAAACUGGUGGUCCUGGAGGGCUGGCAGGACCCAGCCGGGCUGCAGGCACAGUUGCGGCAGCCACAGAAUCUCCAGGCCGAGCAGGACACAAGUGUACACCACCAGCAAAGGCUGCAGACGGAGGGGUAGAGGCUGCUGCGGGAUGGCCUCACAUCCUCAGAGACCAUCCAGGAGCUGCUGCAGGAGCUGAGAAAACUCUGGGAGGAGCUACAGGCCAACUGCCAGAGGAAGGCAGCCAAGCUACAGGAGGCCCGUGAGGCCCUGCAUCUCCGGCAGAGUGUGGAGGAACGGCUGCAGCCCUUGGAGCUCAAACUGAGAGCCCCCAUCAGGGCCCCAGAGCAGCCUGUAUUGGACGAGCUCCUGGGGGCUCAGGGAGAGCUGGACAGGCAGGCCGGGCACGCACAGGCCUUUGUCCGGGAAGGCCACUGCCUGGCCCAAGACGUGGAAGAGCAGGCCCAGCGGCUGCUUCAGCGGGUCGAGAGCCAGCGGGUGCCCCUGCGGGAGCGCAGAACAGCCCUGGAGGCCCGGAGCCUCCUCCUGCAGUCCUUCAGGGACACCGAUGAGGAGAUGCCCUGGGUGCGGGAGAAGCUGCCCCUGACGGCCGCCCGGGACUGUGGCCAGACACCCAGGAGCAUCCCACGUCUUCCUCCGACUCUGCAGAACCUGGAGACGGAGAUGAGCAGCCUCGCCGAGGCUCUGACCCGGGCGGCAGUGGGCACAGGGCGCGAGCUGGUUCAGGCUGGGCACUUUGCUGCUCGUGAGGUGGCUGCCCAGGUGCAGCAGCUGGAGGAUACCGUGGGCCGCCUGCAGGCAGAGGCUGCACAGAGGCGACAGCGGCUGCAGCAGGCUCAGGAGGCCCAGCAGUUCCUGAUGGAGAUCCCAGAGGCAGAAUCCUGGCUGGAAGAAAGGGGCUGUGUUCAAGAACGGGACAUUGAGGAUAUGGGCCAGAGUGCCGAGGCCACGCAGGCCUUUCUGCGGUGGCUGGAGGCCACCAGGAGGGACCUGGAGGGGUUUAGCACGCACAUCAAGAGGCUGCAGCAAGCAGCCCUCCUCAAGAGCGGGCAGAACCCAGAAACCCCCAAGUUGCUCACCCUGAUGCUCGCGGUGAGGGACACCCACCUGGGGCUGUUGCAGAGAGCGGAGGGCAGGGGGCAAGGCCUUCGGGCACAGCUGCAGCUCCACCAACUGGAGUGGGAAGCCCUGCUGCGGGACGCCUGGCUGGCCAGCAAGGUGCUGGAAGAGAAGUUCAGUGCUUUCAGAAAGGAAGUCCAGAGCCUGGGACAGGCCAAGGUGCAGGCCCUGCGGAAGCAGGCAGGCUCCUUGGAACGGGCAGCACCCAGGUACUCUCCCCAGAUUCAAAGGCAGAGGAGUCACAUUGAGGCCGCUUGGGAGAGACUGGACCGGGCAGUGAAAGCCCGCACACAGAACCUGGCCAUGGUCCGUGAGGUCUGCGGCGUUGAGCAGGCGGCGGCCGAGCUCCAGGGCUGGAUGCAGGAGAAGGCGGCCCUGGGGCCAAGAGAUGCCCGUGGCCGCAGUCCGGCGCCAGUGCAGACCCUGCAGCAACAGCACAGAUGCCUGGAGUUAAGGGAACUGGCAGCAACGGAAAAGGAGGUGACCCAGGUGCAGAUGGAGGCCUGCCAGCUACACCUUGUGGCUCAGGAGGGCCUGGUCAAGCAACUGGCUGAGAGGCAGGAGACCUGGGCCACCCUGAAUGUGAAGGUCCGGGAGCGGGGUCGGCAGCUGGAGGAGGCUGCCCAGGGCCACGCCUUCCUCGGACGCUGUCGGGAACUGCUAGCAUGGGCUCAGGAGAAGCAGGGGCUGGUGUCCUCAGAGGAGCUGGCUGGGGAUGUGUCUGGGACCGAGCAGCUCCUGGAGCUGCUGGAGGAGCUGGGGCAACAAAUCAAGGGGCACUGCCGUCAAGCCCAGAAUGUACAGCGGGAAGGGCAGCAGCUGGUGGACAAUGGCCGCUUCAUGUCCCUGGAGAUGACAGAGUGCCGGCAGGAGCUGGACGGUCGGGUCGGCCAGGCAUUCAGGGAGGCCUGGGCCCUGCGCCGGGAGCGCUGUGAGGGGAUCUGACGUCUGCAGAAGCUGCAGCAGGGCCUGGAGCAGGCCGAGGCCUGGCUGGCCUGCCGGGAGGACCUGAUGCUGGACCCCAACUGCAGGUGCUCGGUGUCAGAUGUGGAGUGGCUGCUCCGCAGACACCAGGACCUAGAAAAGCUGCUGGCUGCCCAGGAGGAGAAGUUUGCCCAACUGCAGAGCAAAGCAGGGCCCGGCAUGAGCCCCGGGGACGGCUGCCCUGGGACCUCGGGGGGCAGCUGCCCGAGGCUGCUCCAGGACGAGCGGAUGGCAGCCGAGAACGCGGCUUCCACAGCCACCCUUGACCUCGCGGAAGCCCAGCCCCCCAGUCUGAGUCCAGAGUUCCGAGCCAGACCCUUGGGCUGCCUGGCUGAGCGCUCUGCUGAGAGGGUGCCCGGCCCAGCCCAGCCGCUCCCCUCAGGUUCCCCGGCUGCCCCCGCACGCUCGGCUCGCCAAGGGAGACACGACUGCGCCGACAGCCACCCUCGGCCCGUGGGCUCCCACCAGCUGUCUUGCUCAGGCCAGACCCAAGGUCUGGGCCCUGAAGCGAACCUGCACGUGGCACCAAACCUCAGGGCUACAAGCGAGGACACCCUCAAGGGGACCAGGAGACCCAGCUAUCAGACCCCUGGGACCAAUAUCUGGAAUAGACGAUUAGGAGACAGGCCCUACCAAGGUCACAGCUUGCUGAAGUCACGCCGUUAG